UACCCAAUGAGGAGCGAGUUUCGCGAGGGCUGUCGGGAAAGGCAGCCAGCCUAUAUAAGCAGCCUGCGGGGCGUUCCCUCGCGCUCCGGUCGCCGUGCGGGUGUCGGUGAGGAGUGUUUUCUGCUCGUUGAGACGUGCGCGUCCCGAACGAUGGCGGAGGGUGAUAACCGCAGCAGCAACCUGCUGGCUGCGGAGACUGCGAGUCUAGAAGAGCAGCUGCAAGGAUGGGGAGAAGUGAUGCUGAUGGCUGACAAAGUCCUUCGGUGGGAAAGAGCCUGGUUUCCACCUGCCAUCCUGAGUGUGGUUUCCCUGCUGUUCCUGAUUAUCUAUUAUCUUGAUCCAUCUGUGCUGUCCGGUGUUUCCUGUUUUGUUAUGUUUUUGUGCCUGGCUGACUACCUUGUUCCCAUUCUAGCACCAAGGAUUUUUGGCUCUAAUAAAUGGACCACUGAACAACAGCAAAGAUUUCAUGAAAUCUGCAGUAAUCUAGUAAAAACCCGACGCAGAGCUGUGGGCUGGUGGAAACGCCUCUUUUCCCUAAAGGAAGAAAAGCCUAAAAUGUACUUCAUGACGAUGAUCAUUUCUCUUGCUGCAGUUGCUUGGGUGGGACAACAAGUCCACAACCUGCUUCUCACCUACCUGAUUGUGACUUUUGUGCUGCUGCUUCCUGGACUAAAUCAACAUGGAAUCAUUUUGAAGUACAUUGGGAUGGCUAAAAGGGAGAUAAACAAGCUUCUCAAGCAGAAAGAAAAGAAAAAUGAGUGAUGCGGCUUCAGUGGAGCGCGCCUGCCUGCCUGCCUGCCUGCCUGCCCUGGGAAAGUUGUCCAGUGCUGUCUGGAUGCUAACGUUAACAGUGGCUCUUUGCUUCCCUCACUCUGCCCUUGUUGAUAGAGAUUCCCACAGGCCAGGCUUUGUGCUGUGUCCAGUGCCAGCUGUAGCUGGGUGCAUUCCUGUCAUAACUUGCUUUAUUGAGUUUUUAUUUUUGACAACUUCCUUUAAAAUACUAAAGUGGUGACCUUUACUCUUUUGUACAGUGAACUGUGACUUUGGAUAAUUGUUGAUGUUUGCUUUAAGCUAUAUUCAAGGUAGUGGUCUGUGGCUUACAGGAAGCUGGUUCUACUGUCUGCUUCCACAGUCUGCUUAACAAACUGUCUUAUCUUUGUGAGUACAGAGACCAGGUUUACCACUUUUGAUGAAGAGACCACUUAAGAUUCAUUCCUGAUUUUCCACUGUGGGAGGAUGCCAUAGAAUAGGAUAAAAUUCCACACCCUAGUGUAUGAGUUCCUCUCUUGUAGGAAAUGUAGCACUUUUUGGAAGCAUUGCCUUUUUUUUUUUUUCACAUGAGGAAUCUGUCAGCUUAGACUGACCUCUCAUUCCCUUUGCACUGCGUCAAGUUUUAACAGCUCUUGAACAACAAACUUCCAGAAGAUUGUAUUUGGGUAUUUUAGCACGCUCUUUGUUCCAGAUUUUCAGCUGACUUAAAAUGUCUGUGACUUUACUCCAAGGCCAGCCAGGAAUAUAAAAGUCUCUUUUGUUCACUCAGUAAAAAACUAGAACAUGUAUUAAUUUUUAAGACCAGAAAAAAGCCUUUAGAGGUAAGCCCAAAAAUACUUGUUUUUUUUUCCCCUCGUAAUGCUGACUGUAUUUCAGUGGCUCUAGGUUUAUACUUGGAAGCAGUGUCUACACUGGUGUUGGACUUUCCCCUUGCAGGGUUGCAGCUGAGAGCAGACUGCUGACAGUAACUGCUCUGUGUAGCAUUUGUAACUCCUUAAGCUUACUGUGAUCACAUGCCCUUUCAGUAGGUAGACUUUCAGAGCAGUUGAAAUCUGCAGGAGUGAACCUCUGAGGGCCAAAAUAGGACACAUUUGGGAACAACUCUUAACCCAUGAACUAGCUGUACCAUAGUUUGUGGAUCCAUUGCACUGAUGCUGUGAAGCCUGAACCUUGUGUAUCUGCCUCUGUCCUUUCACCUCCCUGGCACUGUAAACAGUGGCACCUGUUGUAGCAUGUGUUUGUUUUUUAAUGUUUCAUGACACCCACCUUAAUUUUACAUGUUUUCUUGUAAAUAAGCCUGCCUUCCUACCUGGAAUUUUUUUUGUGUGUGAAUAAUACAUGUUCUACCAAUUAA